ACGAUCACCCACACCAUGGACGCACUACGCUCCGCCCUCCAACCCAUUACCCACAACCUCCCCAAACCCAUCGCGGACCUUGGCACCUCCCUCCUCGGCCCUGUUUGCUACAAGACACUGGUCUACAACAUCGAUCUCACAGCAACCGACUGUGUCAAGCUCGCCAUCUCCAAAGGCCUAGGAAUCGGCAUCAUCGGCGCGUCCAGUAUCGUAAAAGUGCCCCAACUGCUCAAACUCCUCAAUUCGCAAUCUGCCGAGGGCCUCUCCUUUCUAUCGUACCUGCUCGAGUCUAGCGCGUACCUCAUCUCGCUCUCGUACAAUGUGCGACACGGCUUCCCGUUCAGCACAUACGGCGAAACGGCAUUGAUUUUGGUGCAGAAUAUUGCUAUCGCGAGUUUGGUGCUGAAGUACAGUGGCAACUCGGUCGCCAUUGCGGGGUGGAUUGGCGGCUUGAUAGCUGCGGGCGCGGCGCUGUUUAAUGAGAGUUGGGUGGGUGACGAGAGGCUUUCGCUGCUUCAGGCUACAGCGGGUGUGCUGGGCGUUGCGAGCAAGGUGCCCCAGAUCCUGACCAUCUGGUCUGAGGGCGGGACGGGCCAGUUGAGCGCUUUCGCUGUUGUAAACUAUCUCCUCGGCUCCCUGUCUCGCAUCUUCACCACCCUCCAAGAGGUCGAUGACCCACUUAUACUCUACGGUUUCAUCGCCGGCUUCGUACUCAACGCCGUCCUCUUCCUCCAGAUGGUGUUCUACUGGAAUGCGCCGGCCUCCAAGAAUACCGAAUCGAAAAAGCUAGAGAAGCCAGUAGCGGGAAAUAGGAAGGACAUGGCCCGUGCCGUGUCAAGCGGAGCGACUCCGUCGUAUUCCAAUGUUACGGGUAAGAGCCCGAGUACCAGACGUAGGGGAUAA